CCAUUCUAUUGAGUUACCAGGUUAUUUCUGAGCACCAAGUUUAUCAAUUAAUUGUAAUUCUUUGUUUCUUUCAUUCAAUCUUUCAAUGUAUUUCUCAUGUUUUUUUAAUAAGAAAGUUCAUUAGAUCAUCAUAUAAUUGUAAUGGAAAGAUUACUGUGAUCUUUUUGUUUCUUUGUUUUGAAUUUUCAACUUAGUUUCACGUUUUCUCCUUCAUUUUAUUAUAUAGAUGCUUCGUAGUUUGAUUAAACUAAUACCUCAUAAACUAUCUGACUCAAGAUCUUUUGGAAUUUUUAAAGAUUUCUCCAAGAAAACUCUCCCUUUAAACAAUACCUUUGGUUUCAACUCAAUCAACAAAUUACCAUUUAUUCAGUAUUCGAAUCAGAAGAGAAUGGAUGUCAACUAUCCAAGUCUGGAGGGAGUUGUUCGUUUACUGAAUGAAAUUGCUCCUCUACAUUUAGCUGAAAGCUGGGACAAUGUUGGGUUACUUGUUGAACCAUUUACUCAAAUAUCUAUCGGAAAGAUUGUCUUAACCAUAGAUUUAACUGAGAAAGUUAUCGAAGAGGCUAAAACGUAUGGAACUGAGCUGAUUAUUUCUUAUCAUCCGCCUAUUUUUCACCCACUAAAAUCUCUUAACCACAAAACCUGGAAAGAGCGGUUAGUUCUAGACUGCAUUCAAUGUGGAAUAGCUGUCUACUCACCUCACACAGCUUUAGAUGCCAUUAAAGAUGGUAUAAAUGAUUGGCUUUUAUCACCUUUCAAUAUUAAGGAAGUCAGACCAAUUAAUCAAAGUUCGAUGGAUAGUCGAUCAACAAAUCAUUAUUCAUAUCGAUUAGAAACCGUCCUUCCUUCCGAGAGUGACAGUAAGUUAUUGGAAAGAGUAGAAAAAUUAGGAAAAGUUCUAAGGCUGCCAUCAUCUGCUGUGAUUUUUAGUGAAGAUAAAAAUUUACCCCUCAUAAUAAAUAUUUUAUCGGAAAAUUCAUCGACAAAGGCAUCGAUGCAUUUAUCUAAGCUCGAUAUACCUCCAUUGCCUGGUUUUGGUGUUGGUCGAAUUGCACAGUUGACGUUUCCAAUCACUCUUCAAGAUGUUAUUAAUCGAACUAAACAUCUUCUCAAUUUAAAUCAUGUUAGACUGGCAUUGGCCCCUAAACAUAGUUUAGAUUCAAAUAUAAACAGUAUUGCAGUUUGUGCCGGAUCAGGUGGAUCUGUUUUACGCGGACUUUCUGUUGACUUACUGAUUACUGGAGAAAUGUCUCAUCAUGAAGUUUUGGACGCACUCUAUUCAAAUGGUUCAUCUGUGAUACUUUGUGAACAUACGAAUACUGAACGUGGCUAUUUACAUGUUCUCAGAGAGAAACUGAUCACCAAACUGCAAAAUCCUAAUGUUGAAGUGAUCGUUGCCAAAUCAGACGCCGAUCCUUUAAAUAUUGUUUAAAGACUUGAUCGAACUGCACAAAUAAUCGAGUUUAAAUUAAUACAACUACAUACGUUUAUCUAGAGUUUCGUUUAUUUUCUGAUGACCAUAGAUAACUAGUUAGUUGGAAAAUAAUAAGCUGAUGCAAACUAAGACUAUCCAUUGAAAUUACAAAGAGCUGUCAUUUAAUUUCUUUAUCUAAUUAAUAAUUAAGCUGUUAAAUUUGUUUUCAUGGUGUUAAAUGGACAUUUGAACUUGGAAAAUAACGAUAAAACCAGUCCAAUUGAUCAAUGGUUGUUGCUUAAUUAUUAAUAACAAUAUGUUGACAGAUAUCUUAAGAAAAGGUUAAAGAAAAUUGAUUGACUUUGUUUAAUAUCAUUUAAUCUUAAUAAAUUAUUAAUUUUUCCCACAAA